AUGUGGCAGCUGAAAAAACAGCAUGGGCACAGCGGCAGCUACACGCUGAUACAAGGGCAAAAGCAGCAAGGCCAGUGCUGCUUGAUGCUAAACUGUCCGCUGAAAGAGAUGUCAACCAAAAAUGCACUAUAUAGGUUUGACGUCUUCGACGCUUUUGCUCACAUUAAAGUUUCGGCUCCUUCGAUGUCAAGGCAUGCCUUUUUAAAGCUACUGGAGCACCGUUCUGUUCAGGCUGGAAGGCCAGGGAAUGUCUGUGCAGAUACGUUCCAGAAAAGUUUUUUUGAAUAUUGUUUUUGCAAACAUACAGUAGAUGUGAUGUGUGAAGUAAAUGACUUUUAUUGUCCAGCAUGUCACCCAGACAUGUUGGCAGUGUGUUGUGAUGGCAAUCGCAAACAUUAUCGCUUCAAAAAAUCAAGGGGGAAUGAGGAACACUCUCUGUACAAGGGGUUAUUUCUUGCAAAAGAUGAGGAGGUAUCAGCCUUUCUUAACAACAUCAGAGGCAGCAGCAUGACAAGAGCAGAUAACAGUGGAACAUGUGGUGUUUCAAGGUUCAGGGCAAGUAAGGAGAUGUCAAAAAAAUCAUCGUCCAAAAUAGAUGAAGAGGGCAUACAAGUGGCAGUCUGCAGACACGGGAUAUUGCUUCGUGGACUGGACCACUACCGUGGCGAGGUCUUUGCCUACCCAAUGUUUUUAUAG